AUGGCUUUGCCUGGAAGCUUACGGAGGCAGCCUGCAAACAGAGGGCUUGUGUCCCAUUGCACCCACCAUCACAUUUUGGCCAACCUGUGCUUUGUGUUUCCUGGCAGUUAUUCCCUGCUCCAUGCUUCCAGAAAGACAUUCAGCAAUGUCAAAGUCAGCAUUUCCAGCCAAUGGACUCCCUCCUGCCUAAACAGCACGGCCCCUGAGCUCCGACCAUAUGAGCUCUGGAACAGCAGCCAUUUAUUUCCAAAUGCAGAAGAAGCGACUCUCUUCUUGGGGACAUUGGACACUAUCUUUCUGUUUUCCUAUGCUGUGGGUCUCUUUGUCAGUGGUAUAGUUGGGGAUCGCCUGAAUUUACGCUGGGUUUUGUCUUUUGGCAUGUGUUCCUCUGCUCUGGUGGUGUUCUUCUUUGGCACGCUCACAGAAUGGUUGCAUUUCUACAACAAGUGGUUCUACUGCUGUCUCUGGAUUGUGAAUGGCUUGCUGCAGUCCACUGGUUGGCCCUGUGUGGUUGCUGUCAUGGGCAAUUGGUUUGGAAAAGCUGGGAGAGGUUUUGUGUUUGGACUCUGGAGUGCCUGUGCAUCUGUGGGAAAUAUCCUCGGGGCGUUCCUUGCCUCCUGUGUUCUCAAAUACGGCUAUGAGUAUGCUUUCUUGGUGACUGCCUCAGUACAGUUUGCUGGAGGAGUCAUUGUCUUCUUUGGGCUCCUGACGUCACCGAAGGAAGUGGGCCUCCCUGAGCUUGGAGCAGAUGAAGACGACAGUGUGGAGGAAGAUGCCAACAGACCUUUAAUGGACAAUGAUGAUGGAGAUGAUGAUGACCGGAAUUACUCUAUUCAAGCAACUGACAUUGACAACCAGCCAAAGGCCAUUGGCUUUUUCCAGGCUUGUUGCCUUCCGGGUGUAGUACUGUACUCUUUGGCCUAUGCCUGCUUGAAACUGGUGAAUUACUCGUUCUUCUUCUGGCUGCCCUUCUACCUCAGCAACAACUUUGGAUGGAAAGAAGCAGAAGCUGACCAGCUCUCUAUCUGGUAUGAUGUGGGAGGAAUCAUAGGUGGGACCAUCCAGGGCUUGAUUUCUGAUGUGCUACAGAAGAGAGCCCCAGUGCUAGCAAUUAGCCUGCUCUUUGCUGUAGGCUCUCUUUUUGGAUACAGCCGUUCUCCAGACAGCAAACCUAUCAAUGCGGUGAUCAUGGCAAUUACAGGAUUUUUCAUUGGAGGCCCUUCUAACAUGAUCAGUUCUGCAAUUUCUGCUGACCUGGGGCGCCAGGAUCUAGUGAAAGGCAGCAGCGAGGCUCUGGCAACAGUCACGGGAAUUGUGGAUGGAACUGGCAGUAUUGGUGCUGCAGUGGGCCAGUAUCUAGUGUCUUUGAUCCAGGAGAACCUGGGAUGGAUGUGGGUUUUCUAUUUCUUUAUUCUAAUGACGAGUUCAACAGUCCUGUUCAUUUCACCGUUAAUAGUGAGGGAGAUCAAAUUGCUUCUGCAUGAGCGGCGCCUGCGAAUGCUGGCUGAGUGACUCCUGCUUGCCUCUGGAAGGACUGUUUGUAUGGACCUGACAGCUGGGACACUAAUCAAAACUCUGGGAGACUUGUUUCUUACAUCCUCCAGGUUUGGACUAA